UGGGAAGGUCGCGCCGCAAAGCUCGCAGUGCGCAGGCGCGCUGUUCUGCCUCCAACAACAAGAAGCAGGAGCCAGGCAACAUGGCCGACCUGGGGAAGAAGUACUGCGUUUACUGCCUUGCAGACGUUACUAACCUGCGGCUCCGCUGCACAGACUGCCCCGAUAUCGAGCUGUGUCCGGAGUGCUUCUCGGCGGGCGCAGAAAUCGGUAAUCACCGGAGAUGGCACGGCUACCAGCAGGUCGACGGCGGUCGGUUCACUCUCUGGGGUCCCGACGCAGAGGGAGGAUGGACCAGCAGGGAAGAGCAGUCGCUACUCGAUGCUAUCGAGCAAUAUGGAUUUGGAAACUGGGAGGACAUGGCUGCUCACGUUGGAGCAUCCCGAACGCCUCAGGAAGUCAUGGAGCACUACGUCACCAUGUACAUCCACGGAAACCUGGGCAAGGCCUGCAUCCCUGACAACAUUCCCAACCGGGUGACAGACCACACCUGCCCAAGCGGGGGGCCCCUGUCGCCGAGCCUCACCACCCCGCUGCCUCCGCUGGACAUCAGCCUGGCUGAGCAGCAGCAGCUGGGCUACAUGCCCCUACGGGACGAUUACGAGAUUGAAUAUGACCAGGAUGCAGAGAAGCUCAUCAGCGGGCUGUCUGUGAACUACGACGACGAGGAUGUAGAAAUUGAAAUGAAACGUGCCCACGUGGACAUGUAUGUUCGUAAGCUCAGAGAACGCCAGCGACGUAAGAACAUUGCCCGAGACUACAACCUGGUGCCUGCAUUCCUGGGCCGAGACAAGAAAGACAAGGAGAAAGAAAAACCAGGAGCACUGGGAGUUGUGGGUGGAGCAGCAGCUGGCGGUGGCACUGUUGGAUCAGGCUCUACGACAACAGCAGGAUCAGGUCCUGUUCCCAGUACGCCCAAAAGAAAGAUCACCAAGGAAGAGAAGGAGCAGCGGGUCAGACUGCGGGGGCUCUGCCAGUUCAUGGCCACACGGGAGUUUGAAGACUUCUUUGAGAACAUGCAGAAAGAGCGCGUGCUCAGGGCCAAGGUGCGCGAGCUGCAGCGCUACCGCCGCAACGGCAUCGCACGCCUGGAGGAGACGGCUGAAUAUGAAGCGUCGCGCCACAAACGGGAGAAACGCAAGGAGAACAAAAGCGUGGUCACCUCCAAACGGGGCAGUGGAGGAGGGGGCGGGCUUGGCUCAGGGAUGGGACUCGGGGUUGGAGCUGGAGGGGGAGGAGGCAUUGCUGGAGGACUGGGGGUUGGAGGUGGGAUCAAAGAAGAGGGAAAAGAUGGUGAGUUUGCCGCCAUCGAGAAUCUAACGGGCUUUGAGUUGCUUUCGGACAGGGAGAAGGUGCUGUGUAACUCUCUGAAUCUCAGCCCAGCACGCUACCUGACUGUCAAAACCAUCAUCAUCAAAGAUCACCUGCAGAAGAGGCAAGGCAUCCCGGCCAAGAGCCGGCUGCCCAGCUACCUAGACAAGGUCCUCAAGAAGCGCAUUCUCACCUUCCUCACGGAAAGUGGCUGGAUAUCCCGAGACGCUUCUUAGCGAUCCAUCUUGGGUCAGGAAGUAAGGAGUGAUGAUUGCUGAUAGCAAAUUUGCUAUAAGCUCUGUAGGCAGGACAAAACUACUGGCUUUUUUUAUUUUUUUCAAAAGUGAUCUUGUGAAUAUGUACAUUGCAAAGAAAGAGGAUGCCCCACUGGAAAAAAGUAUAUUUUCAUAUCAGGGCUAGAAGCAAAAAAUAAAUUAAAAUAGCCUUUAUUUUUACAUUUGGAAACAGACAGGGCUGAAAAACAACUCAGUGGUCUCAAAAUACUUUUGUCCAUAUUGUUACUGCAUAAAUGAGAACUACAAUGCUAACAAGUUAUACAUAGUGGCAGAGAUAUUUUAUUGUUAUUGCAUCAGCUGCAUUAAACACUGACUGGGCAGAAGCCAAUAAUGCUGAAAGGAAGGGGAAAUAAGAUCAUAACAUUUCCUGGAAACAUGACAUUUCCUGGACUGUUUAAGAGUAGUAAUUGUUAAGACAAAUGUUUGACAGCAUGGCACCAAUGGGUGACAGAAAUGGUCACUGUCUUUGUUAACUGUUUCACCAGUUAAAGCUGGACUUUAUAGAAAGAGCUAGCUGAAUUUUCUAACAUUUUGAAGGCCUUAAUUCCUAGAAUUUGACAUGCGUCUUCAGUAAACUCUCAAUUUUUGGACUAAUUUUUUUUCUUCUUAUUGCCUACAAGAGAAGGAAAACAAAAAGCAGCAGAGUCCAACCAUCAUCUUGCUUUUCUUGCCACUGCCUGAAGGCAAUUUGUAUCAGGGUCAACACAGGUUGUUAUACCGAUUUAUCUGCUGAUGUUAGCUUAUCACUGCUAUAUCAGUAUUGGCACAUAUGUCUGCCAAUAAGCAACAAGAAAUAUAAGUAAAGAAAUGCCAAAGAAUAUAAAAUAUAUCAUUUAGAGACAGUGUUGUCAUUACACACUCUGUCCACCAGAGAGUGCUGCUGGCAAGUUAGUAUUUCAGUUGUAAAACGUCCGACGCAGGACAUUUCCAGGUUACAAUUCGUUAAUAACCAAAUUUAAAGGAGUCAAAUCAUAAAUACUCAUUUAUGUUUAUGGUGUAAAAAAAGAAUAUCUGCAGAUGUAUUAUAUUUAAAGCCCCUGAAAAUGUUGCUUCAAAUCUCACUUAUGUUUUCUAACAUUAAAUAUUCCUGCUAAAUAAGCAACAAUCCAGGUUAAACGACAUCUUUAGCUAUUACUUAUUUUGUUAUUUUAACACUUAGACAACCCAGCUAAUCUGCUUCAUCAGGACUGUUGGUUGAUUUAAUCAGAUUUGUUCAACAGCUACCAGUAACAACCCACCUUCAUGAUUAGAUUGAAGUAUUGUUAAAUCCUGAUUGGUGCUAAAAGGUAUGUGACAUAAUUCUGAAUGAGCCCUGCCCAAUUUCAACCAGGCAGACAUGUGACAUUACCAAAACUGUUUCAAUCUUCUUAGAAAAUAGUGAGUUAAUGUAGCUGUUACUCAUCAAAGUUGACUGAGAAAAGAACUUUUCAUGGCGUUUGAAUAUUUCUAGGUUUAAAAAAUCCUUUAUUGGCCGGGCUCUUGUUAGUAUUUUAAUCCCGUUUUUGUUUGUCACCUUAAAUUAGUAUGGAGGAGG